CAUGUAGUAAAGACACUCGGCAAACCUCGGCAGAUUCCGGUACUGUCAAGGUUUGCCGAAUGGUAGUAAAGACAAGUAAAAUCGAAAUUUUGAACUAUAAAAACGAAACGAAAUUGGAUCUGUGUUUUAAUCAGAUUGCUCGAUUCACAGCCCAGAACGUCCCGAAUUGACAGAAUCGCAAUCGAGUAACGCGGAAUUCAGCCCUGUCACACUUCUGUCAGUCCCCGACCACGGGGGUGGUGUGAGUUGGUUGAGAUCAUAGAACGGUGCUAGAUCUAUGUUGAGAUAUUUACUUUAUUCAGUUCAGUUGACGCAGCCCGAAAUCCCCCUUUUUACUCGAAUUGAAUUUUUCACUAUUUCUUGGAUUGAGAGAAUUCAAUUCCGUAGGCCUAACGUUCAAUGAGUACCCCCUUGGUGUAUAGAUAGGGGGCAUGGCAAAUGCAUCCAUUAUAUCUAAUAAUAAUAGUUUCUUUAGGGUAGAAGCGAAAUUUUUCUAAUUAUUUAUAGCAUGCUUCUCGAGAAUAUGUUUCUUAAGGAUUUUCUCUGUUUUUUAAUUGUCUCUUUGGUAUCAAAAGAUGUAGCAAAUGCCGCCGAAUAUCUCUACGGUCAGCCAUCUUGUUUGAAGAAGAAACAGACUUAAGGGUAAGCAAGCCAUCCUGUUUAACCUUGCUUGGGACUUGUGCUUAGAUUGACAAUGUUGAAAGUAAUGAAAGAAGAAAGUUGUGCUUAAGUAUUUUCUUGGAACACAUAAGAACGUGCUUGUACUUACCCCAAAGUCUACUUACAAUCUAUAAAUAAGCACAAGAAUGUUCUUAAGAAUUUUCUGGGAACAUAAAAUAAGCUAUUCGGAGCAGGCCUGAUUGCGUUGCCAGGCUGAAACUAUAUUUUGUUGUAACCUGCAAUCCGUCUCCUUCUAGCUGUCGACAAUUGGAACUCCAGGACUAGCUUUAAGGAGUCGUUCACCAGGAACUGUUUAUAUAAUUUUUUUACACCAAUGGCCGGAAUAUACCUAAAUGCUGUGAAAAAGAAGAAGAAUAUUGUAGUAAUUUUAAUAUGCAUUAUUCUUAUUUACACGUUGCUAAAGAUUGCUUAUUUUAUACCACCAUACGAAACCGAACGGAUACGGGUUAUUAAUUACAGAAAACCUAUUAAACCAUGGUAUUUGUCAGAUAAAAAACAAUUUAUAAUGACUGCAGAAGAUGAUGAGACCGUUGUACAACCUACUUCUAAUAUUACCAAACAUAUACUUUGGAGAAAUAUCGCUUCGUAUGACAUUGAUGCAUUUAAAAGUCCAGAUGUUUUGAAAAAAUGCAAAGUGAAAGCGUGUAAAAUCCACAUAGAUCCGAUAUACCAGACUAUAUGUGACGCGGUUGUGUUUUAUGCAAAUGGUUAUCCAGAUGAAUCUCCGCCAUUCAGACCACUCAACCAAAUAUGGAUUUUCAAUACGAUGGAAUCUCCGUAUAACAAUGAUCUUAAUGCGUGGACGCGACACCAUUGGAAGAAUCAAAUAAAUUGGACAAUGACCUAUAGGUUAGAUUCAGAUAUUAAUCUUCAUUAUGGAAAUGUUCGCAAAGCUUCUGUUCCAGAGUCUGUUUUCUCGUUUGAAAACAUUCUAUUGAAAAAAACGAAAUUAGUAGCAUGGGUGGUAAGUCACUGCAAUACUCCUGUUUUCAGAGAAAACUACGCGGAAGAGUUGUCGAAGUAUAUACCAGUAGAUAUUUAUGGGUCAUGUGGAGAUUUUAAUGCAACGAAAGGCGACACAUUAUUUAAACAAAUAGAAAAUGAAUAUAAAUUUUAUUUAUCUUUUGAAAACAGUCAUUGCUUAGAUUAUGUUACAGAAAAGUUUUUUAAUAUUCAAGGCAGAAAUAUAGUUGCUGUUGUGCGCGGAGCAGCAAAUUACACAGAAAUAUAUCCACCAGACACUUUCAUAGAUGUUAAUAAUUUUAAAUCUCCAAAAGAAUUGGCCGAUUUUCUUCUUUACUUAGACAAAAAUAACGAAGCAUACUCACAUUAUUUAUACAGAAAGGCACAGUUUAAAUCUCUGCAGAAAGUGCAAACGUUAUGUCAGCUAUGCGCAAUAUUACACCAACCUCUAGUUAAACAGAACUACCAUCCUGAUGUAUAUGAUUGGUUUACACGUGGCACGUGUUAUCUCCCUUCAGACGUCCAAUUGAAUUUUUAUCAAAAACUUAAACGCUUAUUUAGAUAAGUCUGUAAUUCUAUGCACACCGUGUUCACAUAGAAUCUAAUCUAACUUAACUAAAUUCCAGGUCGUCUUUUUUACGGGUCUCAAUCAGUAUUACGUUUCGUUCUUUUUUUUAUACUUUCGAUAGCCUCCACUACAUGAAGGUAUCAAAGACGAGUAAAACAAAACUUUGGGCUAUCAAAAAACGAGGUAAUUAAGACACGCAGUGUACUACGAGGCAAACUAUGCCCGGACAGCAACAUCGUUUAUGCUUACUCUUCAACGGGUGGGCUUAUGGUUUUUCGUGCCAUCCGAUCAAGUAGUCAAUCUUUUUAUGAUUCUUUUGUUAAUUUUUGUUGAACAAACUUUCAUUAAAUUUUCGUUUUAGA